GUAUUCAGUGCGAUUCCUUCCAUUUGUUCCAAUACCUGUAGAAUUAUGCCGAAACUAAAAGAAUGUUUAGUGAUAGCUUUUAUGGCGAACUUUGCUGCCAGCAACAUUCAAGAGUACAAACCACGGAAUCCCCUAAGAUUCGCUCAACAAAUAUUUUGGGACAGCCGAACCAAUGUGGCUAUAUUCGUUGAUUCCAUAGCUGCUGUCAAGAAUCCGUCAAUAUUCCAAUUCGAUUGGGAAACGAAACGUCUCUACGAAACCACUUUGAAGAAAUCCUCUAGUGUACCAUCGUUCUGUGUUCCAUCAGCCAGUGAUACCGAUUUACUAAUCUGUGGUUUCACCAACUGUACGUCGUACGUGUCUUUGCCACAUCUCUCCCCUGAGGCAGUUAGGCGUGAAGAUGUUAGUUGUCGCAGUCCAACAGAUUCGGGUAUAAUCGAUCGCGCAGUCACUUUAUCUGAUGGGUUGCUUCUUGUUAGUUUGCAUCCUGGAAACUGUGACACAUUGGAUACAGAAUCAGCGGCAGCAUAUCUCGACUUAAAAAGACAUUGCUAUGUGGACGUCAUUUCCCCUGGAUUCUUUUCGAAUGGCUUCGCUUUUGACUCAAAGACAAACACAUUAUUUAUGGCCGAUGAUUGCUUGCCAGCGAUAGUGGCAUAUAAAUAUGAUGAUCGGAAAAAGACAUUCAGUAAGUCAAGAAUCGUUUACCGCUUCGUGCCAGCAAAGAACUUUCCUUCCGGACUCGCUGUGGAUCAGUGUGGGAAUUUGUAUGUUGGCGAACAAAAUAAGGGAAGAGUCUACUACAUCGACACGAAGAGUGGUAAGCUUUUGGAAACAAUCAAAGUGCCAGGCACGCAUGUUAGUGACGUCGCAAUUGUGGGACCGAAAUUAGAUCAUUUGGCCGUUGUAACUGGAAUCGAUUAUACAGAUACUUACGGAAACAAUCAAUACACCUCCUCUCAUCCGGGUGACGGUAAAUUGUACUUGAUUCCACUUGCUCGUCCACGUUGUCUAGGAACAGCUGGAACAUCCGUUGCUGAUGUUUAACUUCUCUACAAUAAAGGAAUGAGUUUGAAAAUGAAAUAAAAGUAAAAUCAACCCAA